AUUUUCGUGUUUAUUCGUGAUCGGCAUUGGGCUGUGCAAAGAGUCGAGUUCAGUUUGUGAACAGCGCGCGAGCGAACGAGACACGCCGCGGCAGAUCAGCGAGUGCAAGAGCGGGCCAGUGAUUUGAAACUGCACUUUGUGACACUUUCACCGAUCACUUGUCACUCGUUGUAUAGGUUUAGCCCUGGAACGCAGCACCCAUCAUCCGAGAGAGUGUGUGACAAACGAUGCAAGCCAUCGGCGAGAUAGUGACAUUUUUAUGAGUGCUAACAAAAAAACUAAACAGCCAAGCAACAUAACCGAACCGAAGUCGGGCUAAAGAGACGCCUCUGUUAACUCGCUCUGUUUAUACGGUGAUAAAAUGUGAAGUGCGACGAGCUGAAGUGAAACUAAGCAAAAAGCUAAAACAAAUCGCGCUGAACUUAACAACAAAGACAUCAGCACAAAACUUGCCCUAGUUCGAAUUUAUUGCAAGUGCAAACCAAACACAUAAAAUACACACACAUACACAUAAGACAAUAUGGACUCUCGAGAGGAUUUUGAGCGUCUGCGCGAGUUGGAGCAGCAGGAGCAAGUUGAACUAGAACUCGAGCUGCAGCGAAAUCGCACAAUGAGGAUGCACAGUUUUCCAAAACUCUCCGAGUACUAUACACAUAUGACAGCCUUCCUCUCGCUGGCCAUCUUUAUAGCCGUAUUGCUGACCAUACUCAACAUUUCCAUAUAUCUGACGACUGCCAUGCGAAUGCGACGUCAUCUCGACAAGCCGCUGAGAAUUCCUUCCAUACUGAUGGUUAGCGUAUAUCCGAUUAUUUCACUGGCUGCCCUGGUGACGAUAUUGGUGCCUUACUCCUGGUUCAUAUGCCAUACGGUGAUGCAUGCCAUGUUCAUGGCCGGCGGUCCCGUAUUUCGCACGCUGCUCUUUCGCUAUGUCGUCUCCGAGCAGAACUAUCUGAAGGAAACGUCCGCAGAGGCGGUAUCGCUAAACACACCGCCCUGCUGCUGUUGUUGCGGCUGCUUGCCCACGGUGGUGCCGACGAAAGCGAAACUCUGCAUCUCCCGCUACAUGGUGUGGCAGAUGCCCUUCUGGCAGGGUUCCAUUAUGCUGGUGAUGAACAUACUCUACUAUCGCGAUCGUCAGAUGUAUUUAGAUGUGAUGAUCUUCUUCAUACCAUUCAUCGUUGGCUCCAUUAUAAUGGGCGCUUGGUCGCUGCAGAUCACAGUGCGAAUGAUCACAAAGAUACGUGGCGACUAUCAGCUGAGAAAGAAGAUGUUCUGUCUGCAGCUGGUCGUGAUGCUCUGCAAACUACAAUAUCUGAUACUCUACGAACAGCUCAACUCCGUGAAGAUGGGUGGCGAGUAUCCGAUUAAUCACACCAUCUACAAACAGACCAUCAUCAAUAUUCUGAUACUGGUCGAAAUGGUGCUGGUCUCGAUGAUGGCUCAAAGUGCCUAUCGCACUCCCAUACAAGUGCAAGUAGAUCAAUCGAAUGUUCAUAGUUCGUAGACUGUGCAUAUCCCGUUGAUUAGUUGCAAGCCCUUAGAGCAAAGUAUUGUGAUAAUUUAAUACAAAAUAAAUUAGCUAAAAAACAAACUGCAUAUCAUG